AUGGGCCAUGAGAAAAAGACGAUUAUUGAGAGAAAGCAAGAGGAUGUGAGAAAACCCGACCUUCCAUAUCCCCAAAAUUUUAUGAUGAACAAAUUAGGUGAACAAUUUGGGAGAUUUCUUGAAAUGUUGAAGGAGUUCCAUCUUUCUAUCCCUCUUACCAAAGCCAUGACCCAAAUGCCUAGAUAUUCAAAAUUCCAUAAGGAUAUCUUGAGUGGCAAGAGAGAUUGUAAUGCGAUAGAUUCGGUAGAUCUUGGUGAGUGUUGUAGUGUUUUGAUCCACAAUGACCUCCCCAAGAAGAUGAAAGAUUCGGGUAAUUUCUCCAUUCCUUGCAAAAUCAAGAGUAAGUUGUUUGACAAUGCUUUGUGUGAUUUUGGUGCUAGUGUGAGCAUAAUACCCUUCUCGGUUUUAAAGAAGCUUAAGCUAGGAGAAAUUCUUCCAACCAACAUGACUUUGUAA